AGGCUGAAGAUGAAGUAGAGCAAUUGAGUGAAAAUUAGAAUAAGGUAAAAUUAAGAAAAGCAAAAUGAGGCAAAAGAUGAAAGACUGAAAGUAGGACACACUUUCCUUUAAUUUUAUUUAAAAUUUUCUUGCAGCAGAUCGGGUAAUUGAUGUCCACACUCUCAUCCUCUCUCUUUCAAAGUCUCAUCUCAUCUCAUCCUCAAUCUCUUAUCUUCUUCCUACCCUCACUUAAACCCAAACCCCCCACUUUUAUAGAAUAAACCCCCUCUUUCAUUUUUCAACUCUCUCUUCAUAUACUUUGUUCAACUAUCAACAUUUUUACAUAAAAAUUAUACUAUUUCUUUUUUCAAAACCCAAAAAAAAAAAAACCCAAAAACCUUUUAUUUUCUCUCUCCGACCAAAAUCCAUCAUCAUCAACUCCCAAAACCCAGAUCUUCUAUGCAAUUAAUUUACAAGUUUAAUUAAUCCCAAAAAAGAAAAUUACGAGGUAAAACUUUUUAUUUUCUUACAGAAACAAAAAAAAAAAAAGAGAUGGAGUUUGAAGACGAACACGAUGAAGAACAAGAAGAGGAAGAUGAAGAUGAAGAUGAAAUUACCAUACCACCCCCACCACCACAACCAGCAGCUAUAAUCCCCCCUAGUUACGACUCAAUUACAGGAGGCAACUCAGUACCGAGUCGACCCCGAGUCAACCCACCGAGUGGAGGUGGAGGAGAGAGAAGAUCUAGUGCGGUGAGGUACAGAGAAUGCUUAAAGAAUCACGCAGUAAACAUCGGAGGUCACGCAGUAGAUGGUUGCGGUGAGUUCAUGGCAGCUGGUGCAGAAGGCUCACUCGACGCACUAAAAUGCGCUGCUUGUAACUGUCACCGCAACUUCCACCGCAAAGAAACCGACACAAACAAUGGUGAUAAUAAUAGUACAAUGAUAUCAUCUCCACCUAUACAAUCACCUGCAGCAGCAGCAGCAGCAGCUGCUGCACCAGCAAGUACAAUGUACCCGCAAUUCUCAGCAUACUAUAGGACUCCAGCUCCACCUGCAUCUGCUUACCAUCAGCAACAUCAGCAUCAGCAUCAGCACCCGCACUCGCACCACAUGCGCCAUCAUUAUAGUAAUACGCCUCUCGCUGCUCUCCCCUCUACAUCGGGUGGGACACAUAGUGGCGAUAUGGCGGAUGAUAUGUCUCACCCGAGCAGUAGCGGAGGGGAUGGGAGACGAGAGAGCGGAGGAGGUGGUGGUGGUGGUGGAGGUAGUGCAAUGAUGAUGGUACCAAAAAAGAGACACAGGACUAAGUUUAGUCAAGAACAAAAAGAUAAGAUGCUUGCAUUUGCUGAGAAAUUGGGGUGGAGAAUUCAGAAACAUGAUGAAGCUGCUGUGCAACAAUUCUGUGCUGAAGUUCAAGUUAAGCGUCAAGUGCUUAAAGUUUGGAUGCAUAAUAACAAGCAUACACUUGGACGUUGAUGAUGAUGAUGUACUUAGCUUCUUGGUGGUGCUAGGCUGCUAGCUGCUCAAAUAUUUAUAUCCCAGUACAUUAUAUUACGAGAAAUUUUGAGAUUGAGUUGAUUCAAUAUUUUUAUUAUUAAUAUCAUCAUAUUCACAUUAUUCAGCAA